ACAAAACCUAUAGCCGCACAAGUCAAUACGGACAGCUAAUUGUUGCACUUGCAUGGUGACAUGCUGUUGAGUUUGACUUGCUAAAAUUCGGACUUUAUAUAGGAUCUGGGAAUUGUCACAGCCUGUUCUGUGACUUCAUUAGUGGGGCGAUGGAGACGACCACAGAAACUUCACAAACCACCUCUUCAAAUGGGGUUGAAAAAGGAUGUUCCGCUAUAAAACCACAAUACCUCACAUCCAAGGAGAAGUUUCAUGAGCUUGUGGAUUCAGGGUGGAAAGGGGGCAAAAAGGACACAAAUGAAGCUACUGGUCCAGUAGAGGAAAAGACUGAAGAGCCAGAGGAGAAGAGGAUAAAACUGGAUAAUAAGGUGCAACAAGAGGAGGAUAAACAAAACAAAAAGAGGAUUCGCGGUCAAAAUAAGUCUAGGCCUCACAAGAAACCUCAAAGCUAUGAUGACCGAAGACUCUGCCCCUCAAUCAUACAGGAACGUGAAACAAAAUGUGUAUAUGGUGACAAAUGCAAAUUCUUCCACAACAUCGCUGACUAUAUGGCCUCUAAGCCAGCUGACAUUGGAGAGAAAUGCUACCUCUAUGACACCUUCGGGAAAUGCCACUAUGGUGUGACUUGUCGGUUUGCCAAAGCCCACACCGGACCUGACUUCAAGAACCUCGUGAACGAGGAAGUGUUCAAGGCGAGCAAGGAAAGGACACCAGUCAAGAACCAUCUGGACAAAGACCUGCAGUGGCGUCUGCGCAAGAGGCAAGUGCCUUUCAACGCAACUGAGGCGUACCUAAAGACCAUCAGCAAAGGCAAAGCCCAGGGCAAUAACAAGAAUACAGAUGCUGCUGAGAAGGACACUACAGACAGUUGCUGCCCUGGUGAGGCCCAGAAUCAGCCCACAGAAUUGGAUAGCACUGCAAACGUGAAGGACACAGAGCAGGUUUCCGACAAGAGAGUUGGAGCAUUGACAGAUGUUGACCUUGUAAAGCUGCGUCCUUGUGAGAAGAAGCAGGUGGAUUUCAGUGAUAAGUUGUACCUAGCUCCCUUAACAACAUGUGGGAAUCUUCCUUUCCGGCGUGUCUGCAAGCGGUUUGGUGCUGACAUCACGUGUGGGGAGAUGGCCAUGUGCACUAACCUGCUUCAGGGCCAGACCUCUGAGUGGGCCCUCCUGAAGAGGCACGAGAGUGAGGACCUCUUUGGAGUGCAGCUGGAGGGCUGCUUCCCGGACACGAUGACGAGGUGUGCUGAGCUGCUCAACGACAACAUCGACGUGGACUUUGUGGACAUCAACUCUGGUUGUCCCAUUGACCUUGUGUUCAAAAAGGGUGGAGGCUGUGGUCUGAUGAUGAGGACCAACAAAUUUGAACAGAUUGUCAGGGGAAUGAACUCGGUUCUUGAUGUCCCAUUAACAGUCAAGAUUCGCACGGGCGUCCAAGAAAAGACCAACAUCGCACACAAGCUGAUCCCUGAGCUGAAAAAGUGGGGUGCAUCACUAAUAACGUUACAUGGUAGAUCCCGGGAACAGCGUUACACCAAAUCAGCAGACUGGGAUUAUAUUGACACUUGCUCAAAGUUGGCUAGUCCCAUUCCACUCUUCGGUAAUGGAGAUAUUCUGUCCUGGGAAGAUGCAAUGAAGGCUAGAGAAACUGGAGUUUCCGGGCUAAUGGUGGCAAGAGGUGCUCUGAUAAAACCCUGGAUCUUCACGGAGAUCAAGGAGAAGAGGCACUGGGACAUCACCUCCAGUGAGCGCUUGGACGUCCUGCGGGAUUUCACACACUUCGGCAUGGAGCACUGGGGAAGUGAUACACAGGGCCUGGAGAAGACCAGAACUUUUCUGCUGGAAUGGCUGUCAUUCUUGUGCAGAUACAUCCCUGUGGGAUUGUUGGAAAGAGUGCCUCAAAAGAUUAACGAACGACCACCGUUCUAUAUGGGCAGAGACUACUUGGAGUCUCUCAUGGCCAGUCACUAUGUGGAAGACUGGGUGAAAAUCAGUGAGUUGUUGCUGGGGCCUGUCCCGAAGAACUUCAGUUUCCUUCCCAAACACAAAGCCAAUGCUUACAAGUAAAUGCCUGCACUACCACAGUGGUAGGGAAAGGUGUGUCAUGUAGUUUGUUUUAAAAACAGGUAUUUUAACUAUGAUUUGUGUGGCCGUUGAUUAAAUCUACAUAUACUUCCAUUACAAAUUACCUCUCUUAGCAGAAAGUGUCGUAUUAUGAUGGUAAAGAUCGGCUAGUGGAGACGUGUAUUGAUACAGCUGCUCAACAAGAACAACAUUAGCAGAGCCUUUUUAAAUUUUUUCCUCCCCAAAAAGGCUGUUUCAUUUAGUAUUGCACUCCGCUUAUUUUGCUCAGGUAAUAAUAAUUACUUCAGGACACUGUUACUUGUCAAUAUACUGCUUUAUUUGUUUGAUAAUAAAUUUGACCAUACUCCGA